UACUUGGUCAAUCUAAAGUCUAAAGUGGGUAGAUGAUCUAUUAUCAUUUCAAUGAAGCCUCAUACCGAUAUAGAAUGAAAACAUUGGAUUUGAUAGCAGUUAGGCCUGGGGGGCCUGGGCAGCUACAACCAUUUCCUAUGUUUCCUUGUUUGAACGGAUAAUCUUUGAUUAAUUGGCAUUGAUUAAUAUUCAAUCUGAACAACGCUUAUAUUCUCCAAGGUAAUUCAGAUUCCAUUUUUGUGCUGUAUCUACCACUCACAGUGGUGGAAGGUAAAUCCCCGAGAUCAUCCAAUCGUUGAAAUUUCUUCAAGAUGUCUGUGUCCAAAGAAGAAACUGAUGGAGAAUAUGACGUCAUCGUGAUUGGGGCGGGGCUCUCUGGUCUUACAGCUGCGUAUCACUUGAAAAGGACCGUCGAGGGAUGUAAGGUUCUUGUGUUAGAAGCAAAAGAUAGGGUUGGAGGAAGGACUCUAACUGUUCCACUCAAAUGCUCUAAUGGGACAGACCAAUGGGAUUUAGGAGGGCAGUGGGUAUGCAGAACACAGCAUCAUGUCCUUUGGCUUCUCAACGAACUUGGAAUCGAGGUUUAUCCUCAGAAAUCCAACGGUACCAAACUCAUUCAGAGUGGUAACAAUGCAAAGAUCAAUACUUACCAAGGUGAUAUACCAGCUUUGCCUCUUCAUGUUCUUCUUGAUCUUCUUAACUUUGAAAGAAAGACUGAUGCACUUUCAAGAGAAAUACCAUGUGAUGAGCCAUGGAGAGCUAAACAUGCAAAUGAUUAUGAUGGAAUUACCUUCGAACAAUUCCUUGCCAGAGAAACAUGGACAGAAGGGGCUAGGAACAUGGUGAAAGGAGCCUUCGAAGUCGUCAAUGGUUCUGGAGUGAGAGGUUACAGUGCCCUAAAUUAUCUAUUUUAUGUCAGUUCGGGUAUUAGCAACCGAAGUCUCUACGACAACAAGAAUUCUGGAGCACAGGAGGAUAAAAUAAAGGGAGGGGCACAAUCCAUCAGCACUAAAUUACGGGAAACUAUUGGUCAAUCCAAUGUGCUACUUUCUGAACCAGUGGUCAGCGUCGAUCAAAACUCAGGAUCAACGGUCAAAGUUCGAACCCUCUCAGGAAAGUCUUUCUCCUGCAAAUACAUCGUCAACGCAAUCCCAAUGAACUGUUCAGAAACUAUCCAAUACAUACCCAAACCACCACUGAAACGCCAGAUGCUUAUGAGUUACACGAGAAGUGGAAACCUCUUAAAGUUUAUUGCAACAUACAAAACAGCAUUUUGGCGUGACAAAGGAUAUUCUGGUGAGAUUAUUAACUCCUCGAAUAAUAGUCUUUCACCUAACGAUGUAGGACCAUUGAUCUAUGUUUGUGAUGCUACAUCGUGGAAAGGUAGCCCUGCCUUGGUGGGUUUUAUCAACAACCCAAUAUAUUGGAGCAACGUAGAGGAUCAGGAUAGGAGAAGUGCUAUUCUGAAGCAUCUAGAAAGAUUCCUGGGAUCUGAAGCUUUGACACCGAUUGAUUUCAGGGAAAAGCAUUGGGCUGAUGAACCUUACAAUGGAGGGUGUCCAGUCAAUGUGAUGAUGACGGGUGCUGCUGAAUACUGGGAUGAAAUCAGAUUGCCUUUUGAUCGAGUACAUUGGGCAGGUACGGAGACGGCCACACACUGGAUGGGGUACCUGAGUGGCGCUGUGCAGUCUGGUCUAAGAGCUGCAGAUGAGGUAGUCAACAGGCUAGGAGUCUCUGAGGAAACCAGGAACAACAGUUCAGACCUUCUCAAGUCACUUGACAGUCCUGGAGAUGAUGAACGGAGAUCAACGGUUGGCUGGACGAGUCAAGGAUUGGUGUGGGUGUGGACCUUUGGGAAGGUUGGGCUGGGGUUGGGUUUAGCUGGGCUGGUAGGUGCUGGAGUUCAGGCAUGGAUUCAAGGCCAUGGUUAAGUAUUCACAAAGCGAUUUCUGAGUGAUGGUGGAAAUCACUGCUAAGACGGUUAAUUAAAUACUACUCUUCUCAUUUUCAGUAGGAUUCGACUAUCGACAAUCAACUAAGAUAUAGAUCAGGUGAUGGAUCAAGAGUCACAUAAAGGGGCAUGUACAUGUAUACUCUCCCUUGGCUCAAAAUUGUCAAAAUGUCACAAAAACCAUGCAAAGGUACGAAGUUACAGGCAAAGAUAUGGUUGGGACAUUGAACUGUGAUAUUUGUUUAGAAUUGUCAAGCUAAAUAAGAAAUGAAUAAACAAAUUAAAAAUGAAUAAGUAGUAUUUUAUAGUUAAUGCUUCACAUGUUGACAUUUGCCAGCAAUAGUUGUUUGCGAUCAGAACUAAUCAUUCUAACUUGAUAUUGAUAUCUUAAAAAGUAAAAUAUAAGAUUAUUUAAGGACGUGGUUACACCGAAUAUACAAAAUGAAUGUCAACUAUGCAAUUUACCAACUCUUGAGGAAAGGAGACUAGCACUGUGAAGUAAAUUUGAAAAAUCAUUUGCAAAUCACCCAGCGGAAAUUCCUGAUAUCAUCACCCAUCGAUGUGACGACGGAUAUAAUCCACCCGGGUACUAUAAAAAUGUCCCCCAAACCCAUUAUCCCAAUACAUAUUCCUGACUUUGGAUGGUUUUGAGUGAUUUUAAUGUAAUAAAGUGCCAUAUUUCCCACCAAUUGAACGUAAAAAAAAAUUAUGGUCAUCUGAUAGAAGAAGUUGUUAACAUUCAUUUCAGGGGGACGGAAAUUCUAUCUGAAUCAAUGCUUGUCUUUGAUACACAUUUGUUUGUGAAAAAAGGGUAUGAUACAGGGAAUUCUGCGUGUUAUAAGGGUGCGCGCGUGCAGCGAGGACCUUCUGUCCGCUAGUUUUCCAUAAGUUUGAUUCUUACUGAAUUUGUUCAUAUUAAUAGCUGUUUUUCAUGUUUGAUUGCCAUUAUUUGUACAUCGACACAUUUUUAAAUUGAAUAAGAUGCAUAUUGAUAAAUGGAAUUAUGCUAUUAAGUUUAUUGUACAUAAAUACAUUGAAAAUGAUAACAUCAGAGAGGGACUUACAUAGUUCCACUACCCCCCCCCCCCAAAAAAAAAAAAGGAAAAUGAAAGGGAAAGGGAAAAUGGUGCCAUGAAAACUGAUAAUUGCCCUUGAAGAAAGAUGUUGUAUAUACAGAAUUCAAUUUUUAGCUCAGUGGAAAUCUUUUCGCAUUAAAACAGAUUCUUUAUUACGAUCCAUUCUGUAUUAUACCAAAUAGGAUUUUUUUUAAAAAUGUACAGAAAAUAACUACGCAAGUCUGUCAUAAACAUUUUGUUGGUUCAAGAAUAUAGAAAAUCUUUACCAAUUAAGUGUAAGUUUCUGGAAGAUUUUUUUUCUGUCUUUGUUUUAAUAUGUAGUCAUAAGCUAUCAUAAAUAUUGCAUUGAAUACCCUGCCUGAAUUUCGGCAUUCCAGAAUGAAAUAGAUUAGCCUAAAUCCUAUAUGAGUGCGCAACAACCAAGCAAGUAUUAUGGAAACAUCAAAGUUGUAUAGAGCUAUGAUUUGGUCCAUACAAGGAAAUACUUAGGUACACUGUAAAAACGGUGGUGUUAAAACUGACACCAGUUGGUGUUAAUAGAGGACCACACCCUGAGGUGUUAAAAUUACACCAUAGAGAUUGAACAUAACACCAAAGAGUGUAAAUAUAACAACCAAAUGUGUUGUAAUAACACCUAUAGGUGUUAAACUAACACUGUCCAUUUAACACCGGUGUAAAAUAACUGGUGUGGUCCUCUAUGUACACCGGUUAACACCACUGUUUUUGCUGUGUAUGAUUAUAAUUGAUGAUAAAGUGCAAAGAAGAGUGCAGUGUGAUGAGUUUUAUGAAGUAAAAAUAGUUCUUAUUGCU